CAUGCACGAACAAUCUAUGACCCUACUUCAUGUACUUUAAGGAGGUGGCUUGCAGAAUAGGAGGUGGCUUGAAAUGUUCUGCGAGAUUCUGCAAGCCACCUCUGUAGUAGUGAGGAGUACUUCGUAGGAACUAUACUUAGGUACCUAGGUGGGUAGUAGUAUUCCAAGGUUUCUUUCUCCAGUCCCCUCAUCUUUAUAUCCGUUCCCAUCCACUUCUCUGCCUACCUAUUCUGGUUUCCUCAUUUAGUCACUCUUCUACUACUUACCUAACCUAGUACUCCUCUUCUCCGCACGACAAUAUGACAGUAAAGCACCUCGUUCUAUUUCAAUUCAAAGCCGGCGUCGGCGCCGAUGCCAUAAAAGAGGCCAAUAUGCGUAUGCUUGGCUUGAAGGAUGGCUGUAUCCACCCCACAACUCAGAAGCAGUAUAUCAAGUCUCUCACAGGCGGCAAGGAUAAUUCAAUUGAAGGGGCUCAGAAUGGUAUUACCCAUGCUUUUGUCGUAGAUUUUGAGACGACGGAGGAUCGCAAUUAUUACGUUGAGAAGGACCCGUUUCAUGAAGAGUUCAAGGCCUUUGUUGGACCCCUUGCAGAGAAGGUCAUCGUCGUGGACUAUUCCGAGGGAGUGUUUUAAGAGUUGUAGGUCUGUGAAGGGAGUCGAUGUGUAAAGAAGAGUUAUAAUAUUAGGUUCAGGGCCAAAGAUAGGGGAGGGGGGGUUGCUGCUUGAAAGG